AUGCGCAACCAACUUGUCUAUAUUCUCAACGUGUUGCCGAUUCUAUUAAGCCAAUCCGAUUGCGAUUUUCUGCUGGCGAAAUCGUGUUGCGACGCGGAGCUUGUCGACUUCUACGAGACCGCCCAUCUCUAUGAUUAUCCGUUCGGGCUUGUCCGCAAGUUUGUUUUGUGGAAAAGCGCGAUGGUGAACGCGUGUUGCCAAUUGGUAAUGUUGGGUCUUGAUUGUCGGUUUACGCGCGGGCAUUUUUACGCCGCGCUGUUAAAUGGCGCAUGUCCGGGUGAAGUACACAACGCGCGUCUCGUCGUCGCGAGACCACAUCUGAAGACGUUUGGCAUGAAGCUGUUCGCGCUUCUGUCAAUAUUCCCAUUGGUCGCCGGGCAGCAGAUGGACUGUUUGUGGCUUCAAGACUGCUGUACGAACGAGGCUCUAAGCUAUUUGAAAACGAAUCACGCCGAUAAUAUUCUCUGGUUCCUGAUUCCGAUACUCAAUCAGCCAGUGAUAAUUGCCGAGUUGAAAAAUCGCAAUCUGUGCAAGACCAACAUUCAAGCGACGACGACGCCGUGUGUGUCGAACGCGCGAAGCACGUGCGGUUGGCUUCAGAAGCCGUUCACGCACUCAUCGUUUCAAUAUUACGGCGAGUGUUGCACGAAACGCGGCAUCGUCUAUAUGGACACACUGUAUUCGUUCUAUAAUUGGAAUCUAUUCAAUGAUAAGGGCCAAAUGACGCAGAUUGUGACGAUGAUGCGAACGAAUGGAAUGUGUCCGAAGCCAAUAACAGAUGUCAUUAAUGAUCUUGAGUGCUAUUGGCUAGCCGAUGAAAUUGUUCACGACGAUUUCGAAUGUGAUAGCUGCUCGCCGCCCGGUUGUCAUGCUCAAAUCCGGCGCUGCUAUCAAAAAUCGGAGAAUGGAUUGUGUCCGAACAUUUUGAGCAAAGAGGAAUGCUCAUGGCUCGAUCAGUCGUUCAACACCACCUUUGGAUUCGUGUACUCCGGAGAGUGUUGCUCGCGCGCCGCCCUCAACAGUGUCACGUCGUAUCCCGAUUGGGAAAUAGCCUCUACCGAGGACAGGGUCGUAAUGAUUAAAAACGCCAUGAUGAAAGGAUUGUGCGAUGAAGUUACAACACCAAAACCGACGACGAAAAAGCCGACAGUGAAGCCGACAGUGACACCGACUGAGGAGCAGACUGAGAAGCCGACAGUGACGCCGAUAGUAAAGCAAACAGUGAAGCUGACUGAGAAGCCGACAGCGACGCCGACUGAGGAGCAGACUGUGAAGCCGACUGUGAAGCUGAUUGUGAAGCCAACGGUUGAACAACCAUCAUCAACAUCAAAACGAACAUCAUCAAAACCAAUUUCAACCGACUUCACGGCCACACAAGUGAAUACCGAUAAAUCGUCAAGCACAAUACCAGAAAUCAGCGGAGCAACGACGAAGCGCUCGGAGACCAACAAACCGAAGACGCCAGCACCGGAAAAAGAUCCCCCGGCAACCACGAAGCGUGUCGAAGGCUCAACGGAUUCAACGAUCACAUCAGAUCCACCAUCAGAUGGAACCACUACGAAUGAUACGGAAUCGACAACGUCGGAGACUACUGACUCGACUUCUGAUGCGUCGACGGUGACUAUUCGUCCGAACACGACAAAGACAUUUGGCACGAAGAAGUCGACGAUGACGGUGAAGCUGAUUGAAGGCAAAUCGAGUACGAAACCUGCGACGGAGGCCACUGAACGCCGAACGACUAGCACCGAUGAUCGUACGACUGAUGAUUCGAACGACGUGAAGAUUGUGCCGAAGACAACGCCAAAGGCUACGACUGGCACACCCGCUGCUAGAAUUGGAUCUAGUGAUUCGACGGUGUCGACUAGUGAGUCGCUGGCUAACAGUACGAUGGACAAUGGAGCCCCGACGACUCGGGAAACGACGACAACUGAUGGUGGUGUGAACACGAAGACCAUCACGAUUUCUCGAGAAUCUAAUGAAACAGUGAUGACGAGUAGGGGUGAUGGCGGUCGGAUGACUACAAGUGAUGGAGAGAAGUCGACGACCAGUGAUGGUAAGAAGAGCACUGAAGGAGGAAGAUCAACGCCGGCAACUAGAACAAGGAUGGAAAGCGCUUCAGCGAGCAGCAGCUCGAGCACCAGUCCAACGCCAAAAGAAACUCCAACACCAUCAGAUGCACCAAAAGAGACACCAACACCAGUUCCGAAAGAAACACCAAAAGAAACUGCGACAUCAACGUCAAACGAGACGCCAAAAGAAACUUUAACACCAACAAAUGCAACGAAAGAAACAUCAACGCCAACGCCAAAAGCGACAUUGACACCUACGCCAAAAGUGACGCCAACACCAACCGAUGCACCAACUACAACGACGCAAUUCUUCCCGGAAUCGCUGACAACGAAAAUCUACAUUCCGACCGGCGAAAUUAUAAUCAGCGAAGUCGUUAAGUCGUUGGAGAAUUGCACGGCGAUUGUCUAUCAGAGGCUUCUGAAUCGAACCGACAACUCGACGCGCAUCAUCAGAUUCACUAUUAACACAUGCACGUCGUCGACAUCACCGCCGCCGACGACGACGUCAACCAGUGAAGCGCCGACGACAAUGUACUUCCCGGAAUCGAUGACGACGAAGAUUUACAUUCCAACUGGAGAAAUUAUCAUCAGCGAGGUGAUCCAGGCAUUCGACAACUGCACAACAAUUCUACACCAGAAGCUUCUCAAUCGAACGACGGGAACGACGCGGGUGAUAUCGUCGGAGCCGGAUGUGCGCGGAUGUGAGACGACAACGAAGGCGCCCGAUGAGCCGACGACGACCACCAUGUAUUUUCCGGAAUCGGCGACGACGAAAAUUUACGAGCGAACCGGCGAGAUUAUCAUCAGCGAAGUCAUCAAAGCGUUCGAUAAUUGCACGACGGUCCUCUAUCAGAAGCUGUGGAAUCGGGGGAAUGACACUACUAGGGUUAUCGAGACGACCGAUCAAUAUGGAUGUAUGAAGACGAGCACCACUCGCGAUCCGUCGACGACUACAACAAUGUUCUUCCCGGAAUCGGCGACCACACAGAUCUACAAACCGACCGGCGAAAUUAUCAUCAGCGAGGUGAUCAAAGCGUUCGACAAUUGCACGACGGUCCUCUACCAGAAGCUGCUCAAUCGCGCCACCGGCACCACUAGGGUGAUCACGCAAUCCGACCCGAAAGGAUGUAUGAAAAUGACGACGAAGAAAGAGGAAGCGGCGACGACGACGAUGUACUUCCCGGAAUCGGCGACGACGAAGAUCUACAUUCCAACCGGAGAGAUUAUUGUUAGCGAGGUCGUCAAAGCAUUCGAGAAUUGCACGAUGGUAUUGUAUCAGAAGUUGUGGAAUCGCGAGACGGACACGACGAGAGUAAUCGAGACGUCGACGAACGAUGGAUGUCAGACGUCGACCACUGCGGCGCCUGACGAUUCGGCGACGACUACAAUGUAUUUUCCGGAGUCGGCGACCACCAAAAUCUACAUUCCGACGGGCGAGAUUAUUGUUAGCGAAAUUAUCAAGGCGUUUGAGAAUUGCACCACCGUUCUUUAUCAGAAGCUUUGGAAUCGCGAGACUGGAGCAACUCGCGUGAUCUCGGAAGCCGAUAAUGAUGGAUGUCGAAAAACCGAAGCGCCAUCGGCUAGCCCAACGACAACAAUGGAUUUUCCGGAAUCGGCGACGACGAAGGUCUACAUUCCAACCGGCGAGAUCAUUGUCAGCGAGGUGAUCAAGGCGUUCGAGAAUUGCACGACGGUGCUCUACCAGAAGUUGUGGAAUCGUGCGACGGGUGCGACGCGAGUCAUCUCCACGUCGGAUCCUCAAGGAUGUAAACAGACGACAACGCAACGGCCCGAUGCAAGCACCACCACCACCAUGGAUUGGCCGCAAGGAACAACGAGGAUCUUGCCGAAUGGCGAAAUAAUCGUCAGCGAGAUCAUCAAGGCGUAUGAGAAUUGCACGACGGUGUUGUUCCAGAAGAUCUGGAAUCGCAAGACCGAUGAGACUCGUGUUGAGAGUGUCACCGACGCCGAAGGAUGCAAGAAGAUUUCCACGACACCAUCGCCGGACGGCGGCAUCGAAUGGCCGGACGUCGGAACGACGAGAACGCUGCCAACUGGCGAGAUUAUUCUCAGCGAGGUGAUCAAGACAUUCGAGAAUUGCACGACGGUGUUGUAUCAGAAGAUCUGGAAUCGCGAGACGAAUGAGACUCGCGUCGACGUCACCGCCGAUCCGGAAGGAUGCAAGCACACAUCGCAAAAGCCUACUACUGUCACCACAACGAGCGAUCCGAUUCCAGAAUUUCCGAACAGCGGAACGACGAAGACGUUGCCGAAUGACGAUGAUAUAUUGAGCGAGGCGUCGAGCACGACGGCGACGACGACGCCAACGCCACCGCCAAUUGAUUUUCCGACUGGCGGCACCACAAAAACAUUGCCGAAUGGAGAAAUUCUCAUCAGUGAGGUUGUCAAAGGAUUCGAGAAUUGCACAACGGUGUUGUAUCAGCUCAUCAUGAAUAUGACGACGAAGGAGACGCGGACGAAUGUCGUCACGGAUCCUGAAGGAUGUCUGAUCAGCGAGAAUGUGGUGUCUUAUGAGAAUUGCUCAACGGUGCUUUACCAAUUGAUUCUGGAUCCGGUGACGAACAAGACCGAAACGAAAACGACUACUGAUCCCGAAGGAUGCAAGGCGACAACUACAACACUGAAACCGGCCAUCGCGAAUAAGACGUGCUCGACGCUAUCCAUUGAUCUUUCCUAUACGCUUUUGCCGAAACCAGCGAGUCUUAAAAAGUCGUAUGAACCUGGCGACAAGUGCGAUGAGAAGAUCCUUCGAACCGAUAUGUCGCUCUCAAUGCAAUCAUUGGCAAUUUCGACAUACAAGGAAGCGCUGAAUGUGAAGAAAAAUUAUGCGGAUGUUGCGACAGAAAUCCGCAACGUGUUCGACCAGAAAUAUGGAAAAUACUGGCAGUGCAUCGUCGGUGUGAAUUACGCGUAUGAUAUUUGGUACGAGAAUCACUCAUUCAUCUAUUAUCAAGUUGACAAUGUCCUUAUUUUAUUGUAUAAGGCGAGAAAGACUGAAUAA